GUCACCUGUUGGCCAGAAAAAGCGGAAGCGCUACGUGGAUAAAGUAUUAUAUCAACCUUUCAAACGCCUGUUGCGCUUUGUUUAAGAGGCAGCUAGGUUACUCUGACCCCUGCAUCGGUGAUAAGGCAGAAGCAAGAACAUCAUAACAAAGAUAGAACCUCCCGGCCUCUUGGAAAUCAAAACAAACCAACUAAGGAAAUACAACAGCUGUUUGUGUAUUUAAAAGGAAGCAUGUGUCAACAAGCUUACAACUGAAACACAAUGGGAACUCCUGCCUGUUGUGGGUCACCGGAGAACCAACUAUUCACUGCCUGAAAUGCGACUACGAAGACAACUGAAUUUAGGUCAAUAAAAGGCGUAAGGCUGGUGCCUGCUGCAACAAUCCCUGUGGAUCCUGUCAGAGCUCAAAAAGAACAAGUUUUCACUGUAUUCCACUGUAGUUGGAUUCUGUGGAUAUUAUCAGCAGUAGUUGUGUGUAAUGGGGGACUGUAUGUUGGACAGCUAUGGUGAAGAUGGUUUUCAAAGUUCUGAGGGGUUUGACGAUUGGGCAACCUUCAGCUCAGCAGACUGGGCAGAACCCCAGCAAGAUGACAACAGCUUUUCAGACUGGGGUGCGUUCCACGACAAUACAGAGAAAGAGGAAGAAUUCUCUUCCAUAUCCGCGGUAGAAAGUGGAACUACUAAGAUUCCCGAAAAGAUCGAAAAUGGAAAGCAGGUAAAUGUCCUGUUUGCUUUCCGUGACUGUUUUCGUGUUGAUGGUGCAGAGAAAGAACCUCUUACACUGGAAAUUCCUACACUGUUUCAGCUACUACAGAUCAAAACAGACUUGCCCUCUCAUUCUUCAGCAAUAUCAAGUGAAGCUGCCAACUUGUGGUGUCAUCUACAGUCCGAUUCAGACAUUCUGAGACUGUCAAGUCCUAAACCUAAACUACACUCCAGUGAACAACUCCUCAAAACACUUGAACUCAGACAUCCUGAUGCAAGCACUGCCUCACAGAGCACAAUUCUUUCAGAUCUUGACCUAGAAGAGCCUGAAGACUGUCAUGGAACUCUUAUUCAAACCAAGCUGAUGCCACCAUCACAAUGUCGGAAUGCACCAGGGUUUUUUUAUCAGAUCUCACGGAAGUGGCUCAGUCAGCACAGCAUGAACAUGCUCCCCCAUCAGCGGCAAAAAGACCCUCUGCAGUUAUGAUCACAUUUACACAAAUGCACAAAUCCGAGAUCUGCACUACUGACCAAAAAGCAUUCUGUUGCACGCUACAGAAGACAGAAAAGAAAGUUUUGUUACACUUAAAAGACAGAAAAGAAAAAGUACACUCAAAAAUGUAAAACUAAUUCUGAUACUAUUAACUACAACAGUUUAUUCUGUAUGUAAUUUAAAGGGCUAUUGACAGUUCAUACUGACAACAUCUGUUACAAUAAAAGACACAAAAAGCAUCAUGAUAAUAGUUAUAUUUUUAUGAUACAUUUUUAUCAGAAAUGUUAUUUUAUGAUAAAUUAUGAAAAUGAUAUAUAUGGUGCUUUUUAAUGAUGUAAAUGAUAUAUAUGGUGCUUUUUCCAGUGUUAUUUUUAGUGUCUAAGCUGUCAUUUGCCUUAAGAAAACUUAAAAUGUAUAGUUUGGAAGACAAAUGAUCCCUUUGUGUUUCAUGGAAAACACAGCUACUGUAAAUAUUGACAGAAGUUUCAUUUUUGAGUGUACUUUUACUUUAAAAAACUGUAAAUAUUGUGUACACCGUUUAAACUUUCAUACAAGUGCAAGCAAGGGCUUCUGAGAUAAACAGUAACCACUUUCAUAAGCAAAUCCAGGAAGUCUGUUACAAAGAUUGUGUCAAAACGGCACACUGACGCACCUCUAUGCACUAUAGCACAGGAAGGAAUCCUAUACUUGAAGUACACACUUUGCACAAGCUAUUAAUGUAUCAUAGACAAUAGAGUGUGGGCCUGACACAAACAAAAUCACUGCAAACUUGAAAACAGGAAGAAAGCACAGCCAUAUACAAAUCUAUAGAGUAUAUUGUAUUGGGCUUGGUUUCCCUAAACCUUCUUAACGCUAUCAUUCUUAAGUUAUACCUUAAGAGUGGUAGCGAUAUAUUCUUAAGAACGAUGUAGUAGGGCUGCUCGAUUAUGACAAAAAUCCUAAUCACGAUUAUUUUGGCCAAUAUUGAGAUCCCGAUUAUUUAACACGAUUACUCAUUAUCUUUUAAAACAACAUAGAAAAAUAAAAAAUCUUUACUUUUAAACUGUGAAUUCAACUGAAAGAUAAAUGUAAAGAAAUAGCACAGCUGAACCACUACUGUAAAGGAAAGGGGUGUGCUUUAUAUACGGGUAUAUAAAUAUGAAUAUAUAUAUAAUACGGUGGAUUUAUACCACAAGAAAAGAGAGGAUCCAUGCAAAAUGGAACGCGGCACAAUAAUUGUUUUACCUCGAUUAUUUUGUUUUUGUAAUUGUUGAAGGCCAAAAUUUACGAUUACGAUUAAUUUUUGAUUAAUUGCACAGCCCUAUGAUGUAGUGAUAUGUUUCGGGAAACCCAGCUCUGUACUGUAUCCCUUUUAAGCUCAUGGCUUACUAUUUUACCUUUUGUACACAGUUUUUUAUGUUCACUGCCAUCUGAAAUGUUUUAAAGUCUUUAAUAUAUUUAUAUGGGUAAAAUAUAAACUGAAAUGCGAGUAUACUGUUUUAUGUAUUAUUUUAGUUAUUUGUCUUAAAAAGGACGGAAAAUUAUGAAUUGAGUGU